AUAAAAAAGGGUAGCAAUUAGGAAAGGUGGAAAGAGCUGAAGGAGGGUGAAAACUGACAAACAAAUUUCAACAUUGGAAUAGGAGAUGGAGUUCGUUCCUGAAGAAGGAAAGCACCUUCAUGAGGAUUGCUCCACUUUGAUUUUGCCUGCUCUAUCAAUUGGGAAUGUGGGGCAGUUAGCUGCAGACCUUUUGAUUACAUCAAUGGAUUCAGAGAGAGUUGGGUAUUUGGAUGAUCCUUACGUUCUCCCCUGUGUUGGCAAUGAUGCUUAUGGACCACUUCCUCAAGGAGACCUUGCUCUUCCUCUUGAAGCUUAUGAUUCCCCUUCCAAUGCUCUCGCUAUCCUCCAACAGAGAUCCCCAGUGAUUAAGGGUAUGAUGGUUGAGUUUGCAAAAAAUUUGGCUGAUUUUCUUGCUGGUAGUGGAAAGAAGCAUAUUGUUGUUCUCUCCAGCUUAGAUUUUGGAAAGUGGCAAAAAGUUGACAUGUCAAGUGGUUUGCAGAUUUAUUACUUAUCUAGUGCCAACAGUGAUGGAACGGAUGAAAACUGUGAACAGCUUGGGUGGAAGAAACUUCAGGAGUAUGACUCUUCUCAAAAGCAUUGGAAAUAUCUUAGCAAUUUAGCUGAAGGAAAUGCGACUCGGGAAGAUAUUAUUUCUGUAGAAGAUGAGCUAGAAGAAGAAAAUUAUUACGCAAGCUUGCCUUUUGCUGCACUUUUUUCUUUUCUCAAGGCUAAAGGUUUGAAGGUCACCUGCUUGUUAUGUUACUGCUCAGAAGGAGACAACAUAUCUGAUGCAUUUCAAUUAGCCGAUGCAGUAUGCAAACUUCUAAGGCUGACUCACCCUACUUCUGGAAUUGAAGGUGGAAAAUGGAGAGUUCCACAUUCUUGGAUGACUGUAUAUGGACCACCCCCAGAUGCGUCCAUCUUCUAAGGCUAGAUUGAUGUAAUUAUUAAAUUAAAUGGCGGUUGAAGAUGGAAAUUGUUGUAGGAGAAUUUUCUUUCUAAUUUUUUUUAAUUCAAUAAUGUUGAUCCACAUAUAUCAUAUGAUAUUAGUUGAGAGGUGUAAUUUGAAGAUAUUUUUACGCAAAGUGUAGGGAUUUGUUCUUCUGAAGGCUCUU